AUGCGGCCACCUCAGCACCUGCCUCGCGGCCUAUUUGUUUCGUCUCUUCUUCUUCCGUUCCUGGUCGCCCUAGGUCCCGCAUCCACUUACACGCAUUUUCAGCAAGUUUUUCGAAAAUUUGGAGUUUAUGCCUUACUUGAUAAUUCGUCUAGUUGUUCCACGUCUUGUCUACAAAAACAAUCUAGCCUUUCUGGCAGUCUUGACAUCUUCUUGUCUAGCCUUCAAAGUGAUCUUCAUCUUCUCCAAUCUCUGCAGCCUCCUGUUCACUCACGCUCAUCUGCCUUUUUUGUAGAGCUGACAAAAACUGCUGAAUUUGCCAGUAUUGCCAAAUCAGAUGGUAGCCUACAAGCAGAUGACCCCGAUGAAGGCGGGAGCUGCCUGCAAAUAGAAGUGCAAAUAUGA